CUACGAUAUGCUACACUUCGUAGAUAGAAAGUUUUAAAAAGGUUUAUUUUUGAAAAACUAAUUCCAAAGUGUAUUUCUAGCAUGAAUAGAAACAAUAUUUUAUGGAUGAAUGAAGCGAAGGAAGUAUGCAGAGAUCGUGGCAAGUGGAAAGUUUUAGUCUCUGCCUACCCCUCCGGGAAAAAAGCAUGAUUUUAUGUAUGUAUGUAUUGUAGAUGGUCUACGAAAAGUGGCACACUUCUUACGAUGGUCUACAAAAAAUGGUACAUUUUGUGGACGGCUUACGAAAAGUAGGUACACUAAUCUCGGAAAGUUGAGGACAGAUUUUGUUCCUGUUUGAAAUGUUGGAAAGAGGAUAUUCUGAGGAAGGUUUAUAUCUAUAAAUGUUACUCGUGCGAAGCCGGAGCGGGUCGCUCAUUUAUAAUAAUAGUAAGUAUACGAUAAUUGUUCACAUUUCUAAGUUAAAUGGUUACUGCUAUGCGGAUUAUUACGGAUUGAUAAGAGAUAAGGUACAGGACAGGUAACUGCAAGCGUCAUUUGCGCAAUGCGGUGCGCAUGCGCGGCCUCCGCUCCGGAGCGCGGCUCGCCAGCUGCGGGUAGGGAUGGGUGGGCUGCAAGCAGCCGUCGGGCGCACACGAUGGGUGCGCGAUGACGUCACGCGCCGACCACGUCGAGCUCCUGCCGCUGAAGUCGGCUUUGGUGAACAACAACAGGGAUGAUGACACGUAUUACCCGCCCAAUAACAAUACGCCGUCGAGCUCGCACGAUUAUACGCUGCUAUCGAAGAGGACGCCGGCGUCGAAGAGGCUCCUCUCCCGCGCCGCCCAGCCUGCCCCCACGCCCCUGGUGACACUAUGUGGUGCUCCGCCCCCGUCCCGCAGGCGAGAAGAGCUUGCAGCCUUGGCCAAUUUGAGGAAGAAGGUGUCUCCAGCACUGCUCCAGCCAGAUAGGAACAGCAAAGACAAUAACGAGGCGAAGGCGGAGGAGACGCUCGACAACCGACCCAAGUUGCUGAAGAAGGUACUGCAAACGAGGCCGGUGAGCAUGGUGGUGCAGUGGAGCGAAGUCCGCACCGCCUGGCAGGACAGCGACUUCAUCACGGAGUGCCUCUGCUGGCACAACGUGUACCGGCAGCGGCACGGCUCCCCGCAGCUUUAUAUGGCGCCGGAGCUGUGUGACUACGCGCAAGCCUGGGCGAACCACCUCGCCCACACCAACAAGUUUCACUACAGGAAUGAUCGUGAUGUCGGCCAGAACCUCUACCAGCGCCCUGUGAGCGCGCUACAGCCUGACGUCACUGGGCAAGAAGUGUCCUCUUACUGGUACGCGGCCGUUCGACAGUACAACUUUUUCAAGGAGUCAGAUGUGCUACACGCCAAUGUCAAUGCAGGCCACUUCACCCAAAUGGUAUGGGUGGCUACCCGGUUCUUCGGCGUGGGGAAGGCCCGCUCCCGCGCCGGCAAGGUCAUCGUCGUCGCCAACUACUCUCCACCCGGGAACCUGUCGGGUCAGUUCGAGACCAACGUCCUGCCGCCGCUUCCCGAGACCUUCCCCGACCUGCCGCCCCCGCCACAGCACUGACGAGUGUCCAUCCGUGGCAGGAGGAUCAAAAUCGACGCCACGUAUCAGAAGUAGGCUAAAAGAUUGACCGAAAGUCUGGAUAAAUUCAGAUUUUGGUCGGUUCUCCUUCUUCCCCCCGGCGUUUAUCCAGAUUACGUCCUCACCUUUCUGGAGAGGAGCUCGGGGUGCGCCUUUAUGAUAUACAAUGAUCCUGAAGCGCAGUAAUACAAGUGCUUUGAAAAUUUUUAUUUAGAUUUGUAAAAUGGUUUAAUUAGCAGGCGUGUCAAGAAGAAUGUCAACACGAGUAAUUAGUUCAGUUGUUUUCGAUACGUUGCGAUAAAUUAAAGUUCUUUUCUGAAAGGCGUCAAAUAUUGAAUUUUAAAAUUAAAUGCUUUACAUCAGAAAGAAAAACUUUUGUAGACACGCCUCUGGAUCAGUUGAUAUAAAAAUGCCAGUAGGGCUAUUCACGAACUUGAUAAGGCACAGUACUCUCUCUCUCUAACCGUCGCUGGAACCAUAGAGAUGGAGAGAAAAGUUAAUAAGUAUGCCUUAAUCGACGUUCUUGAAUUAACUUUCGUCGUGAGAGUAAGUCCGCCGCGAAUAUUGGCUAGAAUUUAGCAUAGAAGCCUAUAUCAUAAUUACCCUUGCCGCCCACAUUUACCACGAUGGUAAAUUGAUUAUAUAUAAUGGUUGUGAAAGGUCACAUUUUAAGUGACUGGACUUUUAAAUUGAACGCAGACUUGGUUUCUUUGAAACUUUAUAAAUUGGAAUAUGGCGACUAGACCGUCGCGCGCGCAGCACCAAUAUUGCGUUCACUUUAAACUAAAUACCUAAUAUGCAAAUUGAUAACUACCCCAUUUUUGGAGCAAAUAAACUUAAGAAAUUUCAAUACAACGAAAAUAUGCACAAGUUUCUAAAAAAAUAACCGUUUACACUAAAAUUAAUUAGUGAUCAGAGUUUUUAUUGUGAUUUAUAGGUAUUUAUUUUGUUUCAAUGUUACGCUUUACACCGUAGAAUAUAAAUAUACCUACUCGUCUUUCACAUACGUAAUGCUUAGGUAUCAAUAUUUUUUUUUAUUUAGAUUACAAGGGUGUCACUUAUAGGUAUGUGCUUCUAGUAUGCACUUAUUCCAUUUGACUUAAUUCAGACGUCCUAAUUCAGAUAUGUGAAAUGGCAUUUAGUAAUUACCUUAAUGCUAUUAAAUUGUCUGAAUAAGUUACUGAAUCUAGCUAGAACGUUUGAAUAUCCAGUCAAAUGAGGAAGGCUUUUUAUGAUAAAAACUAUUAAGAACCCCUAGACAGUCCAGCUCUUAGAUCAUAUAUUGCGAUUAACUCAAAGUUCUCGGAAAAAUGGUAACAUUACUUGAUUGUUAGCCGAACUAUAAAUAUAUUGACUAUCGGUGGUUUGAAAUAAUCAAUAAACCUAUCGAUUCUCAAUUACAAUUAUAACAAUAACUGCAAUCCUGUCUAUAAGAAAAAUGAAAGAAGAAUAGUUUUUUUUUUCAUAAUUGGAUACAAGUUAUCACUUAUUGACGUCACAUCAUCUAAAUCUAAUUAUCACUACUACCGCUUCCAAAGCGCAUGUGUGGAAGAAGCCGCGGAACAAACUACACUGCAGCUUUUUCACCGAACGUCAAUUAUAGUUAUUGCAAUAAAAGUCAUAAAGAUGAUUCUCAUUAGUGCGAGUGGAGGCCGGAGGCGGACGGUAUUUAGACUACUGAGUAAUUUAGGUAUCUGCAUGAUACCUAUAUUACAUCUAGUGUUUCUAACUAAAACCGUGAUGGACGAGCAGGCCCGAAUGAGUCAAGAAUCAUAUCACUACAUAGUAUAAAGCAAAGUCGCUUCCCGCGUCUGUAUGUAUGCUUAUAUCUCUAAAACUACACAACGGAUUUUGAUGCGGUUUUUUUUUAUAAAUAUGUAGAGUGAUUCAGGAGGAAGGUUUAUAUGUAUAAAUUCACGGGUGGCUACUGUGUAAUAUGAAUAGCCAAACCUGUGCUCCGUCAGUGCCAUGAACACGACGCGCUCUAAUGAGAAUUCUUAAAGAUAAUGUUCGUAACGCCUAAUUUUAAGACAGAAACACCAAAGUACCAUGUCCAAGCCACAGUCCAAUUUGGCUUCUAGCAUAGUCAAUUAGUUUAUAUAAGAACAUCGGUUGUUUUUGCCUGAGCUUGUGAUUUUUAUAACAAUUUUUAGAUGUUAACACAAUUUGACGCACAUCGAUAUAAGUCAAGGAGCUUAUAACAGAAUACACUUUUUGUUAUUUUUUAUUUUCUCCAUAUCGAUUGACAUUUUCGUUAUAUUAUUUUUAUUGGACAAAGAACCUAUGAUAUGUUCCAGAUUACACUCUCAGUUUUGUCUAAAGGUUCAACUGGAAUAGAAUUGUACACUAUUUUAGGUGCAAUAAAGUUUAAAUAAAUAAAUGUCCCGAACUGCAACAAAAUUUUGAGUUUGUUUGCUUGUUCCUAUAUAUCUAUCGUAGCAGACUUAGUUUUAAGCUCCUUGUUAUAGAAUAGAUUCAUGCUUCCUGCCAUAGUUUUAUAAAUUUCCCAUUGAAAGCUUUCGUGCUUUAAAUAGUACCAGUCACUAAGACGUGUUGUACCACAUAAUAUGUAAUUGUAGCAGUUAGUUUCUGAUAAGGUAUUUAUUUAAUUCAUAAAAUUUAACAACUCGUCAUAAACAAAAAUUACAGCAUUGAACAACAAAAAUGUUAUACAUAAUUUUAUUAGAAUUUGUUUAAGAAAUUCAGAUUCCGAACAUUGUAUACUUAAAAUUCGUAAUAAAAUACCUUAUAAGUAGUACAUAAUUAUACUCUUAAGUUACUUAAUCCCGUUCAUAAUUUUUGUAAUAAACCCGUCUUCCUAUGAGGUUGAUGAUAUUAUAUUAUAUGUACAUUUGUUAAGUUUUUCCUGAUAUUGAAAAUUUGUAUUCAUAUUGUAUAUCACAAGCGUUUUCCAAUAAAUUGUUAUAAAAUAAUUUUAUAAAUAAAUCUUUGGCAGUUAUAAUAAUAUAGUAAAUAAGCAUGUAAUUGGAUAAACAUGAGAGAAAAAUGCUAUUAAUUAUGAUAAAAUAUACCUUGAAAAUGUAAACAAAUUUAAUUGUGAAAAAUUGGGACUCUAUAUUAGAUUUUUAAUUUUUUUUUUUUCCUUGGGCUCCUUUUAUUGAUAUGAAAAGGAGGUAUAGACAAAGCCUUUAAAUCAUAAAUCUUUCAAAAUGUAACCUUAUUUGUACUUGUUGUAUGUUAAUAUUGUAAUAAUAACACGCCCUUCCUUUUUUUUUUUCAAAAUAUGUAAAGAACAGAAAAUACUAUUUUAAUUAUCAAUUUAAUUUUGUAUAUGACAUACCAUUGUUUGGCUAUGCUUGUAGUAUGUUGGGAAGAAUUGUUAAUACACGUCAACACCGCACAUUACAUCAAUUAAUCAAUUACGUACAAAGUAUAUUAGGAUUUAUUGCUGUUGAAUAUAUUGCUUAAUAUGUAAACUCAGGAUAAUAUAAUCAAAAAAGUUUUUAUGUGGUAAUGUAAUCAAGAGUUUCAAAUGGUGAAUAUAAUAAAAAUGAACAGCUGAUAAUGAAACCCUGGCCUUAAUGAUAUUUUGUGUGCCAAAAGAAAUUAGAAUGAGCCUAAACUCCACAUAGAUAUUUUAGCAAUAGUUAAGUAUAUGCGUUGAA